AAAUUAUAAUUGUUUCCCAAGGUUUCGGUUCCACUGGCUGAGAGCUACGCAUUCGACCGCGUACGCCACGCCACAUGCUCCCACUGGCCAAUCGCAUACAUACUUACUUCCAGCCAAAGUUAAUCGUCUACUUCUAGGCACACUUCCACUCCCUCCACAGUUCCUCUCUGCAACGAAAGCUAAAUCUACUCCACUCCCCAAUCCGAUAAUAUUGACCCUUCAUCCCAAAACAUCAUUUUCCACCAAAACCCCUCCAACCCAAUUUGGAUCCACAACCAAGACCUUGGGAUGAACCACUAAAUUGAAUUUACCGCAUCAAAGAAAGAUCCCAGGAAAAAAAAAAGAUCGAAAAGCAUGGGCCACUUAAAUCUACCAGCAUCCAAACGAAACCCGCGGCAAUGGAAGCUUUUAGACAUCAUAUCCACCAUAUUCUUUGGCCUGGUACUCUUGUUCUUCCUGUUAGUGUUCACCCCUCUUGGGGAUUCCUUGGCUGCCUCUGGUAGGCAAGCCCUGCUGCUUUCCACGUCGGAUCCGGGGCAACGGCAUCGGUUGGUAGCCCUGGUGGAACUGGGCCACCACCACCAGCCCAUCGAAGCCUGCCCUGCUGAUUCCGUUGAUCAUAUGCCGUGUGAGGACCCCAGGCGUAACAGCCAGCUGAGCAGGGAGAUGAACUUUUAUAGGGAAAGGCAAUGUCCUUUGCCUGAUGAAAUGCCUCUUUGCUUGAUCCCUCCUCCUCCUGGCUAUAAGAUUCCUGUUCGGUGGCCUGAAAGCUUGCACAUGAUAUGGCAUUCCAAUAUGCCACACAACAAAAUUGCUGAUAGGAAAGGUCACCAAGGAUGGAUGAAAGAGCAAGGUCCUUACUUUAUUUUCCCUGGUGGUGGAACAAUGUUCCCUGAUGGAGCAGCACCAUAUAUCGAGAAACUUGGACAGUACAUUCCAAUAAGUGGGGGAACUCUAAGGACUGCCCUGGAUAUGGGAUGCGGGGUUGCAAGUUUUGGGGGUUCAUUGUUAUCGGAAGGCCUUUUGACACUCUCAUUUGCUCCAAGAGAUUCGCACAAAGCACAAAUACAAUUCGCAUUGGAAAGAGGGAUACCAGCCUUUGUUCUAAUGCUUGGCACUCGCAGACUCCCGUUUCCUGCAUUUGCAUUUGACUUCAUCCACUGCUCUCGAUGCCUGAUCCCUUUUACAGCUUAUAAUGCAACUUACUUUAUUGAAGUGGACCGGUUACUUCGCCCAGGUGGCUAUUUGGUCAUCUCUGGACCCCCUGUACAGUGGGCUAAGCAGGAUAAGGAGUGGGCAGACCUCCAGGCUGUGGCAAGAGCAUUGUGUUAUGAGUUGAUUGCUGUGGAUGGAAACACAGUCAUUUGGAAAAAGUCUGAUGGAGAUUCGUGUCUACCAAACCAAAACGAAUUUGGGCUUGAGUUAUGUGAUGAAUCAAAUGACCCAAGUAAUGCAUGGUACUUUAAGUUAAAAAGAUGUGUGACUACAACAUCUUCUGUGAAUGGAGAAUAUGCUGUUGGGACAAUUCCUAAGUGGCCAGACAGGCUAAAAAGGGCUCCUUCAAGGGACUUGGUCGUGAAAAACGGGAUUGAUUUGUUUGAGGCAGACACAAGGCGUUGGGCAAGGAGAGUUGCCUAUUAUAAAAAUACUUUGAACUUGAAGCUUGGGACUCCGGCAAUGCGCAACGUCAUGGACAUGAAUGCAUUUUUUGGAGGUUUUGCAGCAGCACUCAUAUCUGAUCCAGUAUGGGUGAUGAAUGUUGUUCCUGCUCGAAAGCCAUUAACUCUUAGUGUUAUAUAUGACAGAGGCCUUAUUGGAGUAUACCAUGAUUGGUGUGAGCCUUUCUCAACAUACCCCCGUACUUAUGAUCUCAUCCACGUAGCUGGCAUUGAAUCACUAAUAAAGCUUCCAGGUUCAAGCAAGAGCAGGUGUACCCUUGUGGAUCUAAUGGUAGAGAUAGACCGGAUGUUGCGUCCAGAAGGAACAGUUGUGAUCCGAGAUUCUCCUGAAGUUUUAGACAAAGUGACUCGCAUAGCUCAUGCAGUAAGGUGGAGAGCUACCAUAUAUGACAAGGAACCUGAAUCACAUGGUAGAGAGAAAAUUCUGGUUGCAACCAAAACCUUUUGGCAGCUAACUUCAGCAUCCCAUUGAGCGCCUUUGUUCUUUUAACUGUAGGUAUUUUUCCUCUUCAUUUCUUUUUGAUUAUUAUUUGAAGCCAAGUUGUCUUCUCCAUGCAUCAAGUAGGUGCAAUCUUGUUCCUUAUUUGGUAUAUUUAUAUCAAGAAACUGUAGAUUUAGAAAAGUAUAAGUAACAAAAUACUGCAGCUUCAUGGUAGUACACACGUGUCAGUGGCAAUGACAAUUUCUGUUAGCAGUAAGAAUCAAUUGUAACUUGAUGCCAUUGAUUGUCACUAACUUGGUACUGCUCUGCAUUAGCCUCA